AUGGCCUCGUUGACGUCCUCGGAUGCGGCCAGCAGUUCAACACCAAGGGCCUCCUCCUCGUCGUCGAUACGGUUAACAGCAGCUCAGCAAGCGCUCAGCACGUACAAACUCAAGGACCCAACAAAAGGUGCGGCCAGCUACAAAUCUAACUCUGCUCUACACAGACCACCCUCUCUUACCUCUUGCGCCUGGUACUGACCCUAUCGGCUACCCGAUCGCAGUCGUCGUACGGUUCAAGGCAACAGGCAACGCGCCCAUCAUGAAACAGAACUUUUUCAAGAUCUCCGCCUCGAAUCGGUUCCAGACCGUCAUCGCGUUCUUGAGGAAGGAGUUGGGGUGGAAGGCCAGUGAUGCUUUGGUGAGCGGGAAUGAAGGGGCUCGAGCUUGGAUCCCGGCCAUCGAUCGAUCACAUGGUGGGUUCGGAUGGCUGAUCUACGUGUGCAUCUCUAUCAAACAGUUCCUGUACAUCAAUUCGAGCUUCAGUCCAGCACCGGACGAUACCGUCGCCAACCUGUUCAAAGUCCGUUCAUCGUCGACAACACUGUCCCUUUUGGUUCAUCUCACUCAGGACGGUAUCUUCGUUCUUACCUUUGCAGUGUUUUGCUACGGAUGGGCACUUGAUCGUCAACUACAGGUCAGUCGCACCUGUACGCCCCGCUCCUGCCGUUGCUUGUUCACUCGUCUCACCGUCCACGGGCUCUCCUACAGUUCAACAGCCGCUUGGGGAUGAUCGAUAAUCUCCAACCUCCGUCUCUUUUUCUCGGUUCGGAACGGACCAUGCUUUCUACCUCGGACCUACACCUCGCAUUCGUAUCACUCGUGUACUCCUCGCAUUGCAACUAG